GAGCGGGCUCCCUUCGGAGCCGGUGCCGCUUUGCUUUGCUUCGAGGCAGGGCGAUGGGCACCAGCAGGGCCGGGCUGGCAGCGGUGGCGCUGGUGGCGCUCUGGGCCGGCGCCGGGGCCGGGCCGGGCUGCGCGGAGGAAGGGCGCUGCUGUCCGGGCCGGGACCCGACGUGCGUCGCUGCGGGCUGGCGCCUGAACGGAGCCUACGGGACUUGCUUUUGCGACGAGGCGUGCAUGCGGACGGGCGACUGCUGCCACGACUACGCCCAGGCGUGCCCAGCUGUGCCAUGCAUUACUGGGGAAUGGACUCAUUGGAGUGGCUGUGCGGAACAGUGCAAGCCUAACUUCCGAAUGCGAACACGUGUUGUACAGCAGGAACCAAAAAAUGGUGGUGACCCUUGUCCGCCAUUAGAAGAGAAGGCUGGCUGUCUGGAAUAUACUAGUUCUCAAGGGCAAGAUUGUGCAGAUGAACAUGUUCCUGCUUUCAUAACUACUUCUGAAUAUGGUAAAGAGAGGGAAAAAAGAUCCAUGCACCCAAGGUGGUUCUCAGAAACGGAUGAUUCCAGGAGCUACUGUGUGGAGUUUAAAACAGAAACAUUGUCUCCUCAUUGCUCUAUGGAAAGCCGCCCAUAUGCCAGAUGGAUGCAGUAUCUGCGAGAAGGAUAUACUGUGUGUGUAACAUGCCAGCCUCCAGCUAUGCAUAAUGGCAGCCAUAGAUGUUCUGGAGAUGGUGGUGAUACAGAUGGGAAUAAAGUUUACCAGUGGCAAGCAGUUGGCAAUCCUUUAUGCCAUGGAACAUGGAAAAAAGUUCAGCAAGUAGAAGAAUGUUCAUGUCCUGUUGUACAUAGUUUUAUUUUUACAUGAGUUUCAAUUUAUCUUUUACUACGUUUAACUGAACUGAUCUGGAAAUUACGUUGUUGUUGCGCUUGUGUAACUGUUCAGCACUGCUUUUGAAAAACAGCAAGUCAGGAUGUUAAAAUGCGUCUUCAGUGUUCUUUUCUGCAUUCAGCUGUACCAUGAUACAAUUAGUUAUUUUUCUACAGUGGCAUUUUCUAGUUUUGCAUAGUCCUCUGGCAGCAAUACUUGCAGACGUCUCACUUAAAUGGACAAGUGAGUCCCACAGUAAACACACUGCUGCAGUUGAAUCAUAUGGCCCUUGAUAGAGGCCUAUCUCCUUUACCUGAUUUAAUGACAGGGAUGUAGCUUCACUGUGGUCAGUGUACAGGAGGGGUAGAAGCUAGUCAUCUAUAUGCAGCAGGAGUAAGUUGCACAGCAGCAGGAGUAAGUAGUCACUAUGUGGCAUCUGGUCAUUAAAGCCUUUGCAAACUACUGCAGGAUCAGACACAAGUAGCUUAGGAAAUACUAUAGUUUUUGUAAUGUAUUCUUCUGAAACUUACCACAGUAGGAGUCUCAAAGCUGCUUUUCUAGUACAAGCUGUAUGAAAUGCUCUGACUCUGUACAUCUAGACUUGUUUCCUCGAACAUUUAAACCUGCAAUGAAGCCUUUAAAAUUACUUGGACAAAUACAAAAUAACCUUUCCAGAAACUCAUUUGUAUGUUCUACUUAUCAAGGAAUAAAUUAGGGUAUCUUACACAGAAGAAAACCCAUUCUUAGACAAUUUAAAGGUUUGUAAGUACUAGAAAUUCCCAACAGUAAGCCAGAUUUAUAGGAAUAAAUAUGGGUAGUUUUUGAAUACUAGAGACUACUUCCAGUCCAAGAUAAAUACCCCCCCCCCCACCACCAACCAAGUAGCCACAAUCUCCUUUGACUCAAUCUUUCACAACUCUUACUGGCUCUCUGAAGCUGUCUGUCUGAGAUUCUAUGCCUCAUUUAGAGAAGGAAAAAGAGUUAACCUGGCUAUUCAUGACAGCUUUGGAUUCUCAGCUUGCAUAUUAAUGGCAGUACACUUAUAGAUGUCAACUGAGCGAAGUUAUCAGCACAUGCAAUUGCUAUGCUUCUUUUCAGAUAUGUACCUGGCCUGUAAAGACUAAUUGCAGUCAGACAAGAUGUUACAUUAGCAAUAGACAACAUUUGCUAACAACCCUUUUGUACAUUGCAUGGAUGAUCCUGCAGUGAAGAAUAGCUGAAAAACUCAGGUGAGAAGAGUAAUUUUGCUGUAAUAAGCUAUCCAUGUCAAAUGAUCCAAUGCUGUACUUUUUUCACAGACAGCAUCAUAAAAGGCCCCUAAUGUGAUUCUAAACCUUUUCUCCAACAAUCUCACUUGAGUGCAGCAGCACAUGUACUAGCAUAAAUGUGUUUGGAUUUUCUAUAUUAUACAGUUUAGUAAAAUAUUUAUGCAGUAGAUUCUCCUAGGUACUAGAGUGAAAAUAUUUAUGACUAGUCUUGUUGAUGCUGCAUGCCUCAAGCAGAUUCACUAGGGAUCAGAAUUAUUACUUUACAGUCACUAAAAAUAUUUACAAGAGCCAAGGUUCAUAUAGAGAGAGAAUGUACUAAAAUAAUUGAAAAAACAUUUUUAGCAGUGAAAAUAUACGUUAAAAUACAUUAUUUUACAGUGACUUGACAGUUAAGUUGGAAAGACAGCUAAACAAUGCUUAACCGAACCAUAGUCCUCCACCUGUCUUUCAGCAUGACAUUAGUUCGAUUGUUGAAGUCAUAAUGCUGAAGAAUCUGUGUCCAGUUUCCUACUCCAAAUUUUCGUACACCAUCCUUCAGUUUCUGGUCUUCUUCAAACCUCCAGUGCUUUCAGAAAGAAAGAAAAAAAUGUACUUCAACUAUAACACAAAUUUUAAAACACUAGGUUUUUCAGUCUUUAACACAUUGAAAUAAAAUUCUCCUUCAUUUCC